AUGAGCAACGUUGACAAAAAAGCUAAACCUCGUGGAGAAUACGAGCCCGAAUGGGCUGGUGAACCGGAGGAAGAGAAGAAGACGCGGAAAGAGACUGCAAAAAUGUUCGGACCACAGAAAGAUGCAGAGUGGUGGGAUAUUAACACUUUCAGCAAGGAAGACAAUCCGAAUGGUCUACUCCAAGAGUCAUCAUUUUCUUCAUUAUUCCCCAAAUAUCGCGAAAAGUAUAUUAAAGAAAGUUGGCCACUCAUCGAAAAAGCUCUAGGAGAGCAUUUCCUGAAAGCAGAUUUGGAUCUCCUCGAGGGAACAAUGUGUGUCCGAACUACUCGUAAAACUUGGGAUCCUUAUAUAAUCAUGAAGGCUCGCGAGGUCAUCAAGCUUCUAUCCCGUAGUGUGCCUUAUGAACAAGCGAUUCGUGUUCUCGAAGAUGAAAUCUAUUGCGAGAUUAUCAAAAUCUCUUCAAUGGUUCGCAAUAAAGAACGAUUUGUGAAGCGUAGAGCUCGGCUAAUUGGAAACGAUGGUGCUACCUUGAAAGCUCUCGAAUUGCUGACACAGUGCUAUGUUUGUGUUCAAGGAGGAACUGUUUGUGCUGUUGGACCGCUUGCUGGACUGAAACAAAUCAAUCAAAUCGUCACUGAUUGUAUGAAAAAUAUUCACCCAAUCUACAAUAUUAAAACUAUGAUGAUCAAAAGGGAAUUAUCUAAAAAUGAUGAAUUGAAAGAUGCAAACUGGGAUGCUUAUCUUCCAAACUACCGAAAGAAGGUUCAAUCUGCAACUACAACAAAGGAAGCAAAGAAGAAGAAGGCUUACAAGAUGAAGCCCAAGAAGGAGUUCACUCCGUUCCCACCGGCUCCAGUUAUGAGCAAGAUUGACAAGCAGAUUGAAAGCGGAGAAUAUUUUAUUCGCGAGAACGAAAGAAAGAUGAACAAAAAGAGAGCGAAAUUGGAAGCAUCGGCGGUGAAGACUGUGGAAAAACAGAAGCAAAAGUUGAAAGUGUAUCAAGCAAAAGAGGAAGCUCCGCGAGAAAAACAGAACAAGAAGCGACCGAACGACGCGCCGAUCGAUUUGGAAAAGCUGAAAAAGAAGGCAAAGCUCAGUAAAGCCGCCAAGUAAAUUUUAUGAUUUCACUGUUUCGUUUCUUUGUUAUCAAUGUUGUUGUUUUGUUGGAAAUUGAAGUUUAAAUUAAACCAAAU